AUGAGCUUGGAGAAAGAGGACAAGCGAACUCGCACGCGGUCCAAGGCCCCGCGAGCGCCCCCAGAGCCCGCAGGUGCCGACCUCAGCUGCCCCACCCCGGGGUGCACGGGCGCCGGCCACAUCCGCGGCAAGUACUCCAGGCACCGGAGUUUGCAGAGCUGCCCUCUGGCCAAGAAGAGGAAGCUGGAGGGCAGCGAGGCGCCGCACCUGGCGUCCAAGCGGAAGUCGCACCCGCUGAAGCUGGCUCUGGACGAGGGCUACGGCGUGGACAGCGACGGCAGCGAGGACGCCGAGGUGAAGGACGCCUCUGUCUCCGAUGAAUCGGAAGGGACCCCGGAGGAGGACGAGCCCGAGAUGCCAGGACAGGAGGAGAUUCAUCGCCCCGAGCCAGCUGAAGGAAGGAGCCCCACCAAGUCCCACUUUGGACCCCACCCCGUCGGCAGCCCCGCGGGCCCCCCGAAGGGCGGUUACGGCAGCUACCAGGAAAUCCUCGCCGCCUCUCUCCUGAACUUGGGCCAGGUCGCUGGGGAGACCCUGGUCCGCGAGGGCUCGGGCCAAGGAGCCCAGCCGGGCCCCAGCGUCGUGCGCCUGGCCCAGGAAGAGGCCGAAGAAGGGGCCACGAGCGACGAAGGGGAAAGGGCCAUCUUCAUCCCGCCCGAGGACGCGGAGGAAGUCGUCGAGGUCACCAGCGAGCGCUGCCAGGAGCUGUGUCCCCCGGCCCUGGAGGGUGGGACCGGCGCGGAGCCCAGCCCGCAGAAAGGCGCCCGGGGUCCUGAGGAGGACGAGGAGGAGGAGGAGGAGGAGGAGGAGGAGGAGGAGGAGGAGGAGGAGGAGGAGGAGGAGGAGGACGAGGAGGCGGCCACCCCCGAGGGGCCCUGCCCGGAGGGCGCCCCCCACGCCGGCGCCCCGCAGGCCGCCCACGCCCCCCGCCCCCCGCCCGAGGACUCGGCCACGGCCGAGCUGCGCUCCGAGGACGAGGGUGCGGACGAGGACGCGCGCUCCCCGACGUCCGCGGUCACGGACGACUCGGAGCUGUACGACGUGAUGACGCGCGGCAACCUGGGCCUCCUGGAGCAGGCCAUCGCCCUGAAGGCCGAGCAGGUGCGCGCCGUCGGGGCGCCCGCGGGGCAGGGCUCGGCCGAGCCCCUGAAGGCGGCCCGGCCCCUGGACGCCGCGCGGAAGACCUACGGCGGCAAAGAGGCCUCAAGGGCGGAGAAGCGGGAGAUCAAGUGUCCGACGCCCGGCUGUGACGGCACCGGGCACGUGACUGGCCUGUACCCUCACCACCGCAGCCUGUCUGGGUGCCCCCACAAGGACAGGAUCCCCCCGGAGAUCCUGGCCAUGCACGAGAACGUGCUCAAGUGCCCCACUCCCGGCUGCACGGGCCAGGGCCACGUGAACAGCAACCGAAACACGCACCGAAGUUUGUCCGGGUGUCCCAUCGCGGCUGCAGAAAAAUUAGCCAAGUCUCACGAGAAGCAACAGCCACAGACGGGAGAUCCUUCCAAGACUGGCUCCAAUUCAGACCGGAUCCUCAGACCUAUGUGCUUCGUGAAGCAGCUCGAGGUCCCUCCGUACGGAAGCUACCGGCCCAGCGUGGCCCCUGCCACGCCCAGGGCCAACCUGGCCAAGGAGCUGGAGAAGUUCUCCAAGGUCACCUUCGACUACGCAAGUUUUGAUGCUCAGGUUUUUGGCAAACGCAUGCUUGCCCCAAAGAUUCAGACCAGCGAAACCUCACCUAAAGCCUUUAAAUGCUUCGACUACGCCCACGACGCCGAGGCCGCACACAUGGCCGCCACCGCCAUCCUGAACCUCUCCACACGCUGCUGGGAGAUGCCUGAGAACCUCAGCACAAAGCCGCAGGAUGUGCCCGGCAAGGCUGCGGACAUCGCGGUGGAUGAAAACGGGACCCUGGACCUGAGCAUGCGCAAGCACCGCAGGCGGGAGAGCGCGUUCCCCGGCGGCGGCGGCGGUGGCGGCGGCGGCGGCGGCGGCGGCGGUGGCGGCAGCCCGGGGGUGAGGUCUCCUGACGCCUCCCAGCGCCAGAGCAGCGCCAGCGCCCCCGGCAGCUCCAUGACCUCGUCCCAGGCCAGCCAGGCGUCCCGCCAGGAGGAGUGGGACCGGCCCCUGGACUACACCAAGCCCAGCCGCCAGCGAGAGGAGGAGCCCGAGGAGUCAGAGCCAGCAGCCCAUUCUUUUGCUUCUUCUGAAGCAGAUGACCAGGAAGUGUCGGAAGAGAGUUUUGAGGAGCGGAAGUACCCCGGGGAAGUCACCCUGACCAACUUUAAGCUGAAGUUCCUCUCCAAGGACAUAAAGAAGGAGCUGCUCACCUGUCCCACCCCCGGCUGUGACGGCAGCGGCCACAUCACCGGGAACUAUGCCUCCCACCGCAGCCUCUCUGGUUGCCCUCUUGCUGACAAGAGCCUCAGAAACCUCAUGGCUGCCCACUCUGCUGACCUCAAGUGCCCCACGCCCGGCUGUGACGGCUCAGGCCACAUCACAGGAAACUACGCUUCGCACCGGAGCUUGUCCGGCUGCCCUCGUGCCAAGAAAAGUGGAGCCAAGGUGACCCCCACGAAGGACGACAAGGAGGACCCCGAGCUGAUGAAGUGCCCCGUUCCAGGCUGCGUGGGGCUCGGCCACAUCAGCGGCAAGUACGCCUCCCACAGGAGCGCCUCGGGCUGCCCGCUGGCCGCCCGCAGGCAGAAGGAGGGCUCGCUCAACGGCGCCUCGUUCUCCUGGAAGUCGCUGAAGAAUGAGGGGCCCACCUGCCCCACCCCGGGCUGUGACGGUUCCGGCCACGCCAACGGGAGCUUCCUCACGCACCGGAGCCUGUCUGGCUGUCCCAGGGCGACCUUUGCUGGGAAGAAGGGAAAACUCUCAGGGGAUGAGGUUCUCGGCACGAAGUUCAAGACGAGCGACGUGCUGGAGAACGACGAGGAGAUCAAGCAGCUGAACCAGGAGAUCCGCGACCUGAACGAGUCCAACUCGGAGAUGGAGGCCGCCAUGGUGCAGCUGCAGUCCCAGAUCUGCUCUAUGGAGAAGAGCCUGCGGAGCAUUGAGCAGGAGAACCGGCUCAUCGAGGAGCAGAACGAGGCCCUGUUCCUGGAGCUGUCGGGCCUGAGCCAGGCCCUCAUCCGAAGCCUCGCGGACAUCCGCCUUCCACACCUGGAGCCGAUUUGUGAACAGAACUUCGACGCCUACGUGACCACCCUCACCGACAUGUACUCCAACGAGGAGUGCUACCAGAACCCCGAGAACAAGGACCUCCUGGAAAGCAUCAAGCAGGCCGUGCGGGGCAUCCAGGUCUAGGCCC